UUCGUUCGAAGCAGCAAGUCACACUGUCAAACCAUUCCUAACAGCCUUCGCAUUCGUGCUGAAAUGUCGUAGUUGCGAUAAUGUUUCAAAACAACAACAUGAAAAUCCAAUACAAUAGGGAAGUUCCAUUAGGAGAAGGUGGCUAUGGUACAGUGUUUCCAGGAACGUUUCAAGGCCGAGAAGUGGCAGUCAAAAGAGUUCUCCUUAACAUGGCUAACGGUAAUGAAGAAGAGGCUUUAAAAAAGUUAGAUCACCCUAAUAUCGUCAAACUCUUCCAUGUUGAGCGCACCGACGAUUUCAUGCUAUUUGCUUUGGAGCUCUGCACCGCAUCAUUAGAUCAGGUAUUUCUAGGGCCUGAUCAUCCCAAAAAAUACAAAGGGCCUAAAUUGCCCUACCAUUUUGAAGUUUUCUUACAAUUGGCUUCGGGUCUCGAGUACGUACAUUCCAAGAAUUUAAUUCAUCGAGACAUAAAGCCGGAAAAUGUUCUCAUCUCGGUCGACUCCAGCACUAAUACGCAAGACGUUAAGGUAACAAUGAAAUGGGCUGAUUUUGGUCUAUCCAGGGCUGUGAAUGAGCGAGGGACAUACCCGAUGAGUAGUGGAGUGAAAGGAACAAGAAACUGGUACGCGCCCGAGUUGCUUAGACUACUUCAGGAAUCUCAAACGGGUAGGCAGCGGCAACUCAGAGGCACCGUAAAAAGCGACAUUUUUGCACUAGGCCUCGUCUUCGCUUAUCUUUUGUUAGAAGGGCAACACAUUUACGGUUCUAAUGAGUUUGACAUUCCUAAAAACAUCUUGGAGGGUACAGCGAUCAAUACGAAUAAAAUAGAUCGAUCGCACUACGCAUAUGAUCUUGUUACCGAAAUGUUGAAAAAUGAAGCCGAACGAAUAUCUUCAUCAAAUAUUGUUGAUAGACUCAAAUCAGAAAGAGAUAAGCUUGCAGAAAAAGAAAAGGAACUAUUUGAACUAUGUAAAAUAAGACACCCAGCUACCUCCAUAAUCUUCCCUUGGAUAAAUCAAAACGAAAAGUUAAAAAUGUUGAUCCGGCAGGGGGUUGAUGUGAAUAAGAAAGACCAGAAUGGAAACAACGCACUCCAUUUAUUGUGUUGGAAUAAUUCAAGUGAAAGAAUAAUCGACGCAAUCAAAUUAUUAAUCCAACUGGGGAUCAACGUCAAUGAGAAAGACAAAGACGGAUACAACGCACUCCAUUUAUUGUGUUGGAAUAAUUCAAGCGAAAGAUUAAUCGACGCAAUCAAAUUAUUAAUUCAACUGGGGAUCGACGUCAAUGAAAAAGACGAAGACGGAGAGAACGCACUUCAUUAUUUGUGUCGUAAUAAUUCAAGCGAAAGAUUAAUCGACGCAAUCAAAUUAUUAAUCCAACUGGGGAUCAACGUCAAUGAGAAAGACAAAGACGGAUACAACGCACUCCAUUUAUUGUGUUGGAAUAAUUCAAGCGAAAGAUUAAUCGACGCAAUCAAAUUAUUAAUCCAACUGGGGAUCAACGUCAAUGAGAAAUCCAACUACGGAUACAACGCACUUCAUUAUUUGUGUCAAAAUAAUUCAAGCGAAAGAUUAAUCGACGCAAUCAAAUUAUUAAUCCAACUCGGGAUCAACGUCAAUGAGAAAUCCAACUACGGAUACAACGCACUCCAUUUAUUGUGUUGGAAUAAUUCAAGUGAAAGAAUAAUCGACGCAAUCAAAUUAUUAAUCCAACUGGGGAUCAACGUCAAUGAGAAAGACAAAGACGGAGCCAACGCACUCCAUUUAUUGUGUUGGAAUAAUUCAAGUGAAAGAAUAAUCGACGCAAUCAAAUUAUUAAUCCAACUCGGGAUCAACGUCAAUGAGAAAUCCAACUACGGAUACAACGCACUUCAUUUAUUGUGUCGAAAUAAUUCAAGUGAAGGAUUUAUCGACGCAAUCAAAUUAUUAAUCCAACUCGGGAGCGACGUCAAUGGCAUCGACGUACGAUCAUUAUUACGGAAAAAUGAAACUAAAAAUUUUAACGAAAUCAUAAAACUCUUCGACGAAGCAUCUCUUACAUAAAUAUGUGUGCCUGUAUCAAUCAUGUGACGUGUAUCUAAUAAAGGGAAAUAUAUUAUUUGAACUGUUGA